CAGUAAAGCAAAGGCAGCGAUCGAGUGCGAAGGUGCCUAAAAGAUAUCUCCAGAUUUACUUGUUUUUUUGCAUUCAAUAAGCAUAAGCAAUAUGUUCUACAAACUGAGCACACGCGGCAUUGCCACUCGCGUCGGCAAUCUGGCGCAGAAGACACAAGCCAAACACUCGGCGGCUGUUUCCACAGAGAACGCUCGCUCGGAAGCGGUUUUUGCACGUGAACAAAAAUAUGGAGCACACAACUAUCAUCCGUUGCCGGUGGCGCUGUCGCGUGGCGAGGGGGUGCAUGUGUGGGAUGUGGAGGGUAAACGGUAUUUUGACUAUUUGAGCGCCUAUUCCGCUGUCAAUCAGGGUCACUGCCACCCAAAGAUUAUCAAGGCGCUCACAGAGCAAUCACAGAAACUGGCGCUGACGUCACGGGCCUUCUACUCGGACGUUCUGGGCGAAUAUGAGGAAUUUGUGACCAAGUUCUUUGGCUACGACAAGGUGCUGCCAAUGAACACCGGCGUCGAGGGCUGCGAGACGGCCUGCAAGCUGGCCCGCAAGUGGGGAUAUGUGAAGAAACAGAUACCGAAGAACAAGGCCAAGAUCAUUUUUGCCCGCAACAAUUUCUGGGGACGCACACUGGCUGCCGUCUCAGCAUCGAAUGAUCCGUCCAGCUUUGAGGGCUUCGGUCCAUUUAUGCCCGGAUUCGAGCUGAUCGAUUACAAUAAUACGGCGGCGCUGGAGCAGGCGCUGCAGGAUCCGAACGUGUGCGCCUUCAUGGUGGAGCCCAUUCAGGGCGAGGCUGGCGUCGUUGUGCCCGACGACGGUUAUUUGCGGCAGGUGCGCGAUCUGUGCACCAAGCACAAUGUGCUCUGGAUAGCGGAUGAGGUGCAGACGGGACUGGCGCGCACAGGACGCAUGCUGGCCAUCGACUAUGAACAGGUGAAACCCGACAUACUCAUCCUGGGAAAGGCACUCUCGGGCGGAAUCUAUCCCGUCUCGGCGGCACUCUGCAAUGAUGAAAUCAUGCUGUGCAUCAAGCCCGGCGAGCACGGCUCCACCUAUGGCGGUAAUCCGUUGGGCUGUCGUGUGGCCAUUGCUGCGUUGACGGUGCUCCAGGAGGAGAACCUGGCCGAGAACGCCUUUAAAAUGGGUCAACUACUGCGCUCUGAGCUGUCCAAGCUACCCAAGGAUGUGGUCUCUGUAGUCCGUGGCAAGGGACUGCUCAAUGCCAUCGUCAUUAAUUCGAAAUUCGAUGCCUGGGAUGUUUGCAUGAAGCUCAGGGAUAAUGGACUCCUGGCCAAGCCCACCCAUGGCGACAUCAUUCGCUUUGCCCCGCCUCUGGUUAUCACCGAGACGCAAAUGCUCGAGAGCAUUGACAUCAUCAAGAAGACCAUUCUAUCCAUGUAAUAAUUAAUAAUAUAUAACAGGGGAAGAUAGCAUUUAAUUAGUUUACUAACAUUUGUAAAACCAAACUGAAAAGUCUGAAAAUAUAUAUUGAAUAAACCAUG